AUGUGCAGAGCACUUGGUAUCGAUAAAACGCGAACAACGGCUUGCAAUCCACAAGGGAACGGACAGGUUAAACUUACGAAUCGGUCGUUGAAGUCACUCUUGAAGGCGUUCGUGGACCAGAACGUUUACGAGUGGGACACGUUGUUGCCUAAAUGCUUAUUGGCUUAUCGCAGUACGGUCCACUCUCCUACCGAGCAAACGCCGUCGUUCAUGUGGACGGGAAGUGAAGUUCGGUUGCCCACGGAUGUCCAAUUACCGAGAUCACAACAGGUGUACCCGUCGGUUGCAGAAUACGUCAGUAAGCUCCUUGACUCCAUUCGACGCACACCAGAAACGGCACACAUUCACUUGGCGAAAGCUCAACGGCGACAGAAGGAAUACUACGACAAGAAGGUCUUCGGUGUCCCGUUGAAACCAGGCGACCUCGUAUAG